GUGAAGAAAAAACUAGCUCAGUAGUUUGUUUUUAUGCCGGUGCGCUCAGAGCCUUCGAGUAUUUUUUUCCAUUCCUGUUUAAAUCCUACGCUCUACAAUGUGGUAAGAUUUGGGGAGAGUCGGAGAAGUGUGCGGGGACGGGCAGGGGGCGGUCCCUGCCUCGCUUGUCUCCACCUUUUAUUUUGACCGGUCCGAUGGCGACCGGCUCGCACUAGGACCCAGGCGCCAGAGCGCCUCCGUCUGUCCUGUAGGUUCAUUCAAUCUCCCAUACACACAGACCCACUGCGAGACGGACACACACUCACACUCAGACACACAACUGCACGCAGCGAGGCUCGGGAAGUCAGGUCGCCUCCUCGCCUCGGCGCCUUCUUCGCUCCAGCCAGCCGGUUCUCCCCUGGGGCCCGGAGCUCGGCCGGGCCGCGCAGCCCCAAAACAGGACGAGCUCGGCGGACCCCGGUUCCUCCAUGGGCAAACGCGGGCGGCCGCGCAAGGAGGCGCGCUGCGAGGGUGCGGGGCUGGCCCCCGCCGCGCCCCCGGCCGUGACCGCGCCCCAGCCCCCGGCCCAGCCAGAGGAGCUCGCGGGGGCCAAGCUCAGGUGCCCCUUCUCGGACAUUUUCAACACCAGCGAGAACUCGAUGGAGAAGCACAUCAACACUUUUCUGCAGAACGUGCAGAUUCUGCUCGAGGCCGCCAGCUACCUGGAGCAGAUCGAGAAAGAAAACAAAAAGUGUGAACAUGGCUACGCCUCAGCGUUCCCCUCCAUGCCGAGCCCCCGGCUGCAGCAUUCAAAGCCCCCACGGAGGUUGAGCCGGGCACAGAAACACAGCAGCGGGAGCAGCAACACCAGCACUGCCAACAGGUCUACACACAAUGAACUGGAAAAGAAUCGACGAGCUCAUCUUCGCCUGUGUUUAGAACGCUUAAAAGUUCUGAUUCCACUAGGACCAGAUUGCACCAGGCACACAACACUUGGUUUGCUCAACAAAGCCAAAGCACACAUCAAGAAACUUGAAGAAGCUGAAAGGAAGAGCCAGCACCAGCUAGAGAAUUUGGAACGAGAACAGAGAUUUUUAAAGCGGCGACUGGAACAGCUGCAGGGUCCUCAAGAGAUGGAACGAAUACGAAUGGACAGCAUUGGAUCAACUAUUUCUUCAGAUCGUUCUGAUUCAGAGCGAGAGGAGAUUGAAGUGGAUGUUGAAAGCACAGAGUUCUCCCAUGGAGAAGUGGACAAUAUCAGUACCACCAGCAUCAGUGACAUUGAUGACCACAGCAGCCUGCAGAGUAUUGGGAGUGACGAGGGUUACUCCAGUGCCAGUGUCAAACUUUCGUUCACUUCCUAGAACCCAGCAUGACAUAACAGUGCAGGGCAAAAUAUUCACUGGGCCAGUUCAAUCCAAACAAUCUCUUAAAUUGGGUUCAUGAUGCAGUCUCCUCUUUAAAGCUAAACAAAGCUAUACUUGAAUGGAAGGGUCAAGAGACCUCUAUUUAAGCAAAUACUUAGCAAAAAGUGGAGCAGAGGCUCCUCAACAGAACAAAUAUUCAUAAUAUUCAUAUCUGAAAAUCAGUUUCUAAUGGCAGCAGAAAACGUGUGUGAAAUUUUCUCGAUUUGAUUUAGUUGAUUUGAAAGAGGACAUUGGAGAUUCCAUCCUCUUUUUCUUUUCUAGUUUGCUCAUACUACAUUGAUUGAGUAGACACAUUUAAGGAUGGGAUUAUGAACCCUUCCUGAGCUUUUUGGUCCUAAAAACAAAAACCAAACCUAUAGUAAUGUGACAAGACAAGAUAAUCAGGCAUUAAUCUUGGAUAGCUAAAGAGCUAUUAAAACUCAAGCCUGGGACAGCUUAUCCUGAAGCCUGUGGAUGAUCAAUUCUUUAAAAAAAAAAAAAAAGCUCAUUUCAUGCUCUGCAAAAGGAGAGACUCCCAUGAAGCCUUUUGAAAGGGAUCAUCAUGCAGCUCAGCUUUCUGUUGGAUUCCAUGCUAAGCAAGCUAACCUUAUCCAGCAUUGUUAGCACUAGGGCACCCAACCGCCAGCUCUACAGUCAGCUGCCCUUAGGCCCUUGGGUCUGUGUGCAUGACACGCUCUGCCACACAGGGCCUGAGUUCGGACUGAGGGGCCAGAAGGAAAAAGCUCCAUGUGCCUCUGUGUCUGCGUGGGCCAGAAGAGCUGGGCACACAGAUUAGCAGGCCAAGGUCUGAGCCAUGGCAGCAUUUUUAUUUCAGAUUUUGAUAACUGUUUGUAUGUGUUGAAAACCAAAAUGACAUCUUUUUAAAGCUUGUCCAUAAAAAACAUAGACGUCUUUUAUAGUGAAAAACAUGGGAAAAAAUCAUCUAUUUUGAUGCAGCAUUUGAUAAUGAUAAAACACCUCACACCUCACUCUUUAUAGUGCACAAAAUGAAUGAGGUCUGGGCUAAGUAGAAAAAAGGUCAAUGCUGUUUUUGUUUUCUUUUAGAAUCAUUACCUUUUACCAUCUUUUAACCAUCUGAUAUCUAUAGUAGACAUACUAUCAUAGUUAACAUAGUUAAGUUCGGCACUUGUCUCAUUUUAAUGUAAAGAUUUGCUUCCGUUUUCCUACAGGCAGUCUCUCUCCUUCCUCACAAUCCCAUUGUGCAGGUGCUAUUGUUGCUCUUGUCAGUAUUUUCAGAAAUGUUAUUUUAAGUGAAAUUCUAGCCUGCACUUUGAUGUCAUGUGUUCCCUUUUUGUCUUUCAAACUCCCAGGUUCUCCCCUGGCCCUCUCCCUUACCCCAGGAAGCCUUGGAGACCUUACCCUGGCUCUUUGGACUUUGUAUACUUUAAAUAAUUUAACUACCCUUAAUUACUUAAAAAAGAAAAAAAAAAGCUUUAUGAUUUUCAUAACUUAUUGCUGAUUUUAAUGGGUUAAUUUCAGUCCUGUAGUUUUAUUUUGUUUAGAUAGGGCUGGGCAAGGAAAAAGAAAAUAAAGACAACCAUAUUUAGCAGUGCAGUUGAGUUGUGUGUGUAAUGUUAGACCAUCCUUUGUAAGUAGCACUUUUAACAGCUCUCACUGCUUCUAUAUAUGACGUGAACCAUCUUGGUCAUACACAAGGCCUCAUCAUAUACUUACUUGUUCUUGUGCUCUUCCCGUGCCUCCAAAAAUAUUUUGUCCUUGACUGUGGUAUGUUUGAGUGGAAGAAAUUCUUUGAAGUAGAUGUGUGAAAAACUGCAUGCCUUUAGAAGCCCAUUAUUAGAACUUGCUACUUCAGGUGCUGGGGACUUAAUGAAAAACAUGAUAAAAGAAAUUCAUUUCUGUGGCCCAGGUAAAUUAUUUCUGGUUUCAUUUAUAAUUACUCCUGGCCAGGUCAAAAUGUUGCUCUAUAUGUUUGCUUAUUUUUGACUUUCCCAAGGGAGACAGUUUGAAGACUCUGCUAACUACCAUGGAAAGUAAAUGGAACCCAGUGACAGAGCUUCCAUUUUGUAAUUCCCAUGGCAUUCACUUGCAUCACUUGCCGAGGGCUGGAAUUUGGGACUUCAUUUAGGUGAACUUGAGGUGCUGCAAUUUCGUCGUAUAUGUACAGGAUGGUGGGCUGGGAAGCCUUUGUCACGAACCCAUAGUACCUAUUUCAACUGCCCCCUAAAUUACUCCUUCCCUGAAUUUGUUUUCCUUGGGGGAAGGGGAUGGAUUGUAUGAUGAAUAAGUAUUAAUUUUUUUUUAAAGACAAAUGGAUUUUGAAGAUACAAAAAGUUAACUGCAAGAAAUAAAAAUUGUGAAUGAAGAACACACGAGUGCUUUUUGUACCACCCUUCUCUAUGAAGGAAAAAAUAUGAAUGAGCAUCCGUAUCUUGAGAGGCAACUAUCUCCUUAAAUGUCUAUGUUUAUACCACUUCAGUGGUCUGAAUUAAUGGCAGUUUAAAUCAUUGCCAUUUCCUGUUCAGUAAUUUACAACAGGUGCCUUCUUGACUGAUAAUGCCACAUAACUUAACUGCAGAUGGUUUAAUGUACCCAAUAAUCUUAAUUUCUUCAGGUAGGACACAAAGCCAUUUGUCAUUCUAAUAAUUAUCUGUUCUCCAAAUAACUUUUUAGGGAAUCCCUUUGACUCUACUAUUAUUCAAAUUGAAAACCAAUCUGGAAGUUCCCAUUUAGUCCUUACUAACCUGAGUUAACACUGCCCCCUAUGUAAAAUGUCUGAGUGAUAUAUUAAUAGGUACAGGUAAAUCCUAUUUCUGUGCAUAUUAUUACCAAAGAAGAUUGUGAUGAAGUCAUUACAACUCUAGUUUCUGAUUAGAAUAGGUAUGAGAAACUCCAGCAGAAAUGCCUUUUUUAGGGCCGUAACAAUGACAGUUUUUAGCAUUAUGAAGGGAUUUUAAAAGGCAAUGAGGAUUGUUCAGGCAAGGCUCCUAACCUAAAGCCACACUGCAUCCUGGGUCACUUCUCAAAAGGAAAUGGUUUACCCUUUCGGGGAAGGGUUUUUUGAGGGUUUGUUUUCUUCCACUUGAAGAAGCAACUAGCUGCCCUUUUUAUUAUCCUUCCACCUCAAAAAUUCCAUACUCCCUUCCAAAAAGAGCAUAACAGGGGAAGAACAAGGGUUUUGGUUACAUUUAAAUAGCAGUUCUAACAUUUGCUAAGGACCCUGGGCAAGACACUAAAUUUCUUCAUGGAGACUUGUUUCCUCCUGGAAAGUUGAUAGAAAUACUACCUCUAUUUUGAAAUUCUGUUAAGGAUUAAAACUGAUAUAUGUAGACUGAGUGAACUGAUGAGGAUGAUUAUAAUUUUUGUGACUUUGUUUGAAUAAAAAAGGAAAAAAAAAAAGAAUUACAAAAACGGACACCUGUGGAUCCACACCACCCCUACAGCCCAGGAGCAUGUAGUGCUAGAAGGAAAUUAACAGGUGUUAUACUUCUCUACUUCCUCUGAUGAAUGCAGCCUUCUAAUCUCUUCGUCCUUAAUCUUGAAUUUUAGUUAUUCUGACUCUGGGUCUUGCAGAAUAAGACUAUUAAUAAAAUGGUUCAUUUUCACAAAAUUCUGUGGCAGGUUCUACAUUGUAAGAAGUAAAUUUUGACAUCCUAUAGAAAUUUUUAAAUAAAGGCUUUAUAAGA